CGGAACUUAUACCCUUCUUGUUCUUUUUACAAUAAAGUAUUGGCAUUAAUUUCGAUUAUCCAUAUGCAUGGGAUGAACUGUUGGCCAAUGCCUUUUUUUACGGGAAAAACCGAUUAUAAAUCAACCUCAACUCCAGGAAGUGGUAGUUCGAAGUCGAGGUAUUCGGCCGUGGAAAAUGGAAUGUCUAGAGAUGACCACCAUUAUGAUCAUAGUGAUGUGGAUGAAAGUGGUGAACCUAAAACUUCAUCAUCUAAUUAUGCCUACGAAAAUAUAGACAGACUGAGUAUAGAAUUAUCUUUGUUUUUGAUACCUGAUGAAAACUUUGGUUAUGGAUGGCAAGGGGAUGUGCUAGGGGCACCAAUAUAUUAUAGAAAACAGCUUAGGUCACCAACAUCAGUAAUGAAAGAACUUGAGAAAAGAUUAGAAAUUCAACAUAUACUAAUAGGUAAACUACAAGAAGAACGAAAACAAUCCAGACGUUAUAAAUUUAUGCACAUGGCCUCCACCCAGACUGAUGGUCUUAACAAUAAAGAAUCUUUUAGUCAAGAAACACAAACUGAUGAAGAAGAAAAGAGUUUUGUUACUUUCAGUUCGUUGGAAAUGGAAAAUUUGAAACUACACGAAGAAAAUUUCCGUUUGUCAGAUGAGGUUCAAGAAUUAAAACGGCAGUUAGCAGCUUUACAAAUUCCUUCACAGCAUAGCUUGACUAUUGUAAGAAAAACAGUUUGUGUUGAUCUAUAUAGCCCAGGAGGAUCAAGUAUUAUUGAAAGUAUUGAAGAUAGUUUUAAAAAAGAGUUGCAGACCAAAUUACACAGAAAACGCAUUGACUUGACCUAUAACUUAAUACAUGCCCAUGAACAGAACCAGUUGAGAGAACCAUCUAUUGUUUUAUGUCCUUCCUUCUCCAGACUAGGAACUGAUGUUAGAUCAGUCUUUUCUGCUAUACAGGAUUGUGGAAGAGGUACAGUAUUGGUUGUAAUACAUUAUAAAGAUGAACAUAGUUUAAACAAAGUUAAAAGUGAACAGAUGCUAUCUUCAGAAUACAGCCAUCUAUCAGCUAUAUUAGAUAUGGCAUAUUUCAGUAAAAAAGGUUUUUAUGACUGUCAAUUUAACCGAAACACUUUUGAAGAACUGUCUGCUUUCCUUAUCAAUUUUGCUGCAUAAAUUCUCUUUCAAAGUCAAGGUCGUAGCCUUUGAUAUGCAGAGAAGUCUGAACAAGGUUCUAACAUAAGCUAAGGACAGACUGAGUGAAUUUCUUAGCUGGUACUUCAGCCUAACUAUUUGACGUUGAAUUCAAUAACUCCCUGAAAAUUAAAUUACUCCCAUGCAAGACACUUAGUCACAUGAUAAAAAUAUGGUCCAGAAAAAAGCGAAAAGUGCAGUUGCACUAGGAUAUCUUUUGGUUUUAUGGUGAAUGGUUUUCAAGACUCUCAUAACAUAAUUAAUUCCUCUUCCUUUUUCUGCACUCCACAUUACAUCACUGGAGGUCACCAUUUAAUUUGUCAUGUGACGCAUAAAAAGUAAUAUUAUAUUUACACACAGAUAUUAAUGCAUGAUUUGCAAAUCAUGACAUUAUGAUACAAGGCCUAUGAUAUCAGUUUACUGCCUAAUUUCCUCUUAAUGUUUUGAUGAAUUUUUCUAAUAUUUGUAGAUAAGAAAAUAUUAUUACUUGC